CACCAUAACUGCCUCAACAGUCUCAUCUCACUGGCCACUGCAGCAAGCAAUAACGUCUUCUACUGGGCUCUCAUCAGCGAUCCGUAUUCAGAAGAGAAAAGAUCUGCAUUUUCACUGUCAGUGGUACCUGCAGAGAGAGAGAGAGAGGAUGGAGGAGAUGUACACCGUGAAGGUGGGGGAAGCAACUCCGGCCGCCGGCGGCAAGCCGUCGGCCGGGCCCGUCUACCGGAGCAUCUACGCCAGGGACGGCCUCAUGCAGCUGCCUGAAGAUAUCCUGUCCCCUUGGGACUUCUUCAGUGGAGCAGUCAAGCAGUACCCCAAGAACAAGAUGCUGGGCCAGCGCAAAGUUUCAGACGGCAAGGCCGGCGACUAUGCCUGGCUAACAUAUGAACAAGUUAAUCAGAAGGUCCUGAAAAUAGGAUCAGCCAUAAGAAGCCUGGGUGUUAAGCCGGGUGGUCACUGUGGCAUAUAUGGAUCCAACUGUCCAGAAUGGAUUAUGGCCAUGCAGGCUUGCAACAGCCAAGGAGUAUGCUAUGUUCCAUUGUAUGACACCCUUGGUGCAAAUGCAGUUGAAUUCAUAAUGGAUCAUGCUGAGAUCUCUAUAGCAUUUGUGCAGGAGAGCAAGAUAAAAUCAGUACUAUCUGUAGUCCAGAAGUGCAGAGCUCACAUCAAAGCCAUUGUCAGCUUUGGAGAUAUGGCAAGUGAAUUGAAAAGGGAUGCUGAACAGUUAGGAGUAUCUUGCUUUUCUUGGGAAGAAUUUUCUUCAAUGGGAAAACAAAAUUAUGAACUUCCCAAGAAACAAAAGGAUGACAUCUGUACCAUCAUGUAUACAAGUGGAACAACUGGAGACCCAAAGGGUGUGAUAAUCACAAACAGGGCUCUAAUUGCUGGUGUAAUGACCACAGAACAUCUUCUGAAAGUGACAGACAAAGUGGUGGCUGAAGAUGAUUCCUACUUUUCCUAUCUUCCAUUAGCACACAUAUUUGAUCAAGUAAUUGGAAACUACUGCAUUUCUAAAGGAGCCUCCAUUGGAUUCUGGCAAGGGGACAUUAGGUAUCUCAUGGAGGAUGUGCAAGUGAUGAAACCAACAGUAUUUUGUGGUGUUCCUCGUGUUUAUGACCGUAUAUACACUGGUAUUAAUCAGAAAAUCCAGUCUGGAGGGAUGAUAGCUAAAAGCCUUUUCCAGUAUGCAUACAACUACAAACUUGGCAAUUUGCGCAAAGGGUUGAAACAGCACGAAGCAUCGCCAUUUUUUGACAAAAUAGUUUUCAGCAAAAUAAAAGAAGGGCUUGGAGGCCGCAUACGCCUCCUGCUAUCAGGGGCAGCACCUUUGCCAAGACAUAUUGAAGAAUUCAUACGAGUUACCAGCUGCAGUGUCCUUGUACAAGGAUAUGGGCUAACUGAGAGUUGCUCAGGAUGCUUUACAUCAAUUGCCAAUGUGGUUUCAAUGAUUGGAACAGUCGGUCCUCCUGUGACGACGAUCGAGGCGCGGUUAGAAUCCAUUCCAGAGAUGGGGUACGACGCGCUCUCAAAUGCGCCGAGGGGUGAGAUCUGCUUGAGGGGUGACACCUUGUUCUCUGGGUACUACAAGCGCCCUGACCUCACAGAGGAAGUGUUCUCAGAUGGUUGGUUCCAUACAGGUGAUAUUGGAGAGUGGCAACCAGACGGCACGAUGAAGAUCAUCGACAGAAAGAAGAACAUUUUCAAGCUGUCCCAAGGGGAGUAUGUAGCAGUGGAGGUCCUGGAAAGUGCAUACAUGCAGUCUCCUCUCGUUACAUCGGUUUGGGUCUAUGGAAACAGCUUUGAGUCCUUCCUUGUUGCUGUGGUUGUCCCUGAGAAGCAAGCAAUUGAAGACUGGGCUGCACAAAACAACAAGACCGGUGACUUUGCAGAAUUGUGCAACGAUCUGAAGGCAAGAAUGUACAUUCAGGACGAGCUAAACAAAACCGGCAAAAAACUAGGGUUGAGAGGCUUUGAGAUGCUGAAGGCAAUUCACCUUGAGACAAUGCCAUUCAGCAUAGAGAAGGACCUGGUGACUCCAACUUUUAAGCUCAAGAGACCCCAGUUGCUCAAAUAUUACAAGGAUCGCAUUGAUCAGCUGUACAAGGAUGCCAAAAUGGGAACUAAACAGUGAUGGUGAAACAGAACCAUGUGGUUAUGAAUUUCAUCAACAUUACUGAGAAGGAAUUAGAGUACAUAUCAAUAAUCAUGAUUCAAGAGUGAAGGCAUGUCUCUAGAUGUAAAAACAGAAACUGUGCUGGUUUAGUGCUGGAGCUUGUGAAAGCUCAUACUAAUGUUACAUACAUCUAGAGUUCUGUCGUAGGGUCAUCCAUGACCUGAUUCGACGCAAACUUGUGCGUUCAACAGAACAAAAAUAUAUGAAUGAAGGGCAACGCAUCGGUGUA